AUGGCAGACCCACUGGCAUCAACCCCCUUCCGCACAACCCUCCGCACCACAAAAGUCCUCCAAGGACCCUUCCACCCGCUCAGCAUAACCAACCUCCCCAGCACCCCGCAAUCCGCCUUCAAGACAUGGUAUCAAGAAGCUCUGGACUCUGACGUCCGCGAACCACACGCCAUGACCCUCUCCACAGUCGACACAUCAGGCUACCCCGACGGACGAGUCCUAAUUCUAAAAAACCUCGACUCACGCGGUUGGCAUUUCGCCAUAAAAGCCGAUUCUCCAAAGGGUCAACAACUAGCCAACAAUCCACGCUGCGCAUUGACUUUUUAUUGGCCUGGUAUGGCGAGGCAGAUUCGUGUUAGGGGGGAUUGCGGUGUCUCUGCCGGAUGA